UCCUCUUUGCCUCCACAAAAAACCGCUCACUCUCCUAAUCCCUCUCAAUUUUUCAACUCAAAACUCUCUUCUUCUUCUUCUUCUCUCUCGUCUCGUCUCUGAGAAUCAAUGGCGCGUCUUCUCUUUCGUCUUCUUCAAGAAGCUAAUCCUCCUUCGCCUGCGGAAGCUUCUCCUGUUUUGAAUUCCGAUCUCGUAGUCAUCAUUGCCGCUCUUCUCUGUGCUCUGAUUUGCGUCCUCGGCUUAGUCGCCGUCUCUCGAUGUCUCUGGCUCCGCCGUCUCGUCUCCGGUAACAGAGCCGCCGCGAAUUCGGAUCAGACUCAUCCACCGCCCGUAGCCGCGGCUAACAAAGGAUUGAAGAAGAAAGUACUCCGAUCUCUGCCUAAGCUCACCUACUCGCCGGAUUCUACGCCGGCGGAGAAAUUCGCCGAGUGCGCGAUCUGUCUGACGGAAUUCGCCGCCGGCGACGAGCUCAGGGUGUUGCCUCAGUGCGGUCACGGUUUCCACGUAUCGUGUAUAGACACGUGGCUUGGUUCCCAUUCUUCGUGUCCUUCCUGCCGUCAGAUCUUGGUGGUUGCCAGGUGUCAAAAAUGUGGCGGGUUACCCGGUAGCUCGAGCUCAGGAUCCGAACCCGAUACCCGAAUCAAGCAACGCGAAGAUGAUCCCAAUAACUUCUUACCUUGAUUCUUUCUUUUUUAGGCAUUUCUUUCCCAAAAAUUUUUCUUCCCUUUUUAGUGAAUUUCUAUUAUAUUAAAGAUGAUCCUUGUCAUUUUAAAGGAUAAUGUUAAUCUCUCAUGUAUAUAUUUGUUAAUAGUAAAUGUAUUAUGGAAUGGAAAGUUAAUGUCAU